CACUCCGACUCAACCCUCACCCAAGCACGCCAACUUAUCUGGCUGGCAUCAUGGACUAUCGCCGUCGAACGUUGGCAUCGGAUGGGCCAGCGGGUAACGCUGUAAACCCUUAUUCAUCACUUCCCGUACCAAGUUCAGCAAUCAAGCGACCAGCCUCUCGCAGUGGAAAUGCGGGCGGCGCAAGGAUGUCCAUGGCCGGUUCCUUGUCCAACCACUCUCGUCCUUCCCUCAUGAAUAGCGGACAAGAACUGCCCAUGUCGAAGCGAAGGAGCAUUGCACCGUCAGGUCGCGGUCCCGGAGACGUCAAUUCGCUUCCGAGUGCUUCUCGUGGAGAUGCAGGAAUGUAUGGCCGAACCCCCCAGGCAGCGCGCAACUUGGCCAACACUCGCCGAUCGUCGAUAUUCGCAUCGGCCGGAGGCAGGUCAUCCAUCAUGCCGUCGUAUUCAUCGACUAGCGUCAAAGACACCAGGCCUAUCCGAGACGCGACAUUUAGGACCGAGUCGGCUCAGAACAUCCAGAGCUAUCUGCUGCAGCAUGGUUCUCAGGUUGAGCUGUCGGCCAAAUGGAACGUAUCUCCCACUCAGCGAGAGUUCCAAAACCUGUUCCGCUUCCUAGCCGACAGUCUUAUCGGACCAGGAUUUCCUUGGGGCAAGAAGUUUGACGACGACUGUUUGGCUAUCCUACGUGAUCUCCGAUACCCGGCCAUGGAGACUGUCAGCAAGACGGCACUGGCUGCUCCAGGUGGUUAUCAGAAUUGGCCAAACCUACUGGCCAUGCUGAGCUGGAUGGUCGAGCUAUGCAAGGCUCAAGACCAUUGGCAUGAUCCUGAGAUCGUUUCAGACCCUCUUCUUUGGCAAGCAAAUGAGUUGCCUCUGGACUACCCGCAACUGGAAGAUCGGCUUCUUUGGGACUUCUCUUCCAAGAUGUACAAGGAAUGGUUUGAUGGCGUGACGGACGACGACUUCUCGCACGGUGAACGAGAGCUGGAGGAGGCGUUUGAACGUAUCACUCUGGCUUCGGGUGAAGAGUGUGAGCGACUGGAGACGGAAGUCAACAAGCGGGAUGUCGAACUACGUCAGCUCCAGGCGCAGGAGCCGCCUCUUAAGCGGAUUGAAGACGAAUACCUUCAACUUAUGAGCGACAAAACGAAGUUCAUUGCUUUCAUUGAUCUUCAUCGACAGAAGGCCGACAAGCUGAAGCAAGGCAACGCCAAGGCUCGAUCCGUGGUCCAAGAGCAUGCCCGCAACAUUACAAGUGCCAAGGCGGAACUUCAGGAGGCUGAAGCGGCGGUUGCUGCCCAAAACCUCUCACCAGACGAAGUCAACAGGAUGAACCACGAGAGGGAAACGUUGUCUCGACACCUAGACGAGCUUCGUACAAAGAUUGUCGAAGCCAGCAAGGCCGCGUACGACCAAGAGAUGCUUGUCACAAAGUCCAUGGACCGGUUUGAACAGCUUCUUCAAGACUACGAGGCACUCAGUCAUCAGAUUGGGACAACAACUUCAGUCUCUGAUCCGUUCCAGCACCCGGAGCUGCCAGACAUCAACUUCUCCAUCGACAUCGAUCUUGGGGCGGAGAGCCUGAACGACAUCCAGGAAAGUGGCCGAUCGACAAUGCAAGCCAUCCGCCCCGCGCUCCAGCAAUACUGCGAGACCUUUCGAAGACAGGCAAGCGAGUUUCAGGAUGAUGCCAUUGCCCUUGAAGAGCAGCACGAACGCAUCGCACAGGAGGUCGAACUCGAAAAGGAGGAACUGUCACGUCGGGAAGAGAGGCUUAAUUUUGUGCAUGAGCAAGCCGAGGAGGCAAAGAGCCAACUGCAAGCCGAAACCAUUGAGACCAACAGGACUGUUGCCAAGCUUGAGACCGAGGUGACCGCCAUGUCAACCGCAAGCCAGCAAGGCGUGUUGGCAAGCCGUUCACAUCUUGAAGGGAAGCGAAUUGCAUUCAAAGAGCUUCGACACCGAACUCAGCAGCAACAGGAACAUGUCAUCCAACAGCUUAUGGGACAUAUUGAUGUGAUCAUCAAGGCCAAGGACCACACGGCGAACAGUUUGAGCGGAGUCCGCAGCUUCGCAGAAGCGCAGUAGAGUAAUG